AUGAUAAGGUUGAAACGGAACCGGUAUUCGAAGAACUGUGAGAGCUUGAUUGAGAACGGUAUUGUUUCUAGCAUUUUUUGUCUGAAGCAUUUUUUAGCGUUAUCUCUUAUGAGUAGAUGUUUUUUAAAAGCUGUUACUGAUGCCGCCUUUUAGAAUCCUUAAUCUGGCUAAAACUAGAUGCUUCUGAAGUCAAUCGUCAUUUGGACGCGGGAUCUACGAAAGGUUAGGUAAUGAUAUCGGUAUUUUACAUAAUAAUUUAGAAGCUUUGCCAAUUUCGAACUUUCUUUGUUCGUUGUUGGCCUAUGGAUUACGAACUCUUACUGAACAAUGUUCUGAUGACUGUAACAACAUCGUAGUUGUGAUUGAAUGUCAGAAGCUAACGUUAAAAAUUGUCAAAGUCGUUCUUAGGGCUUGUCAAAAUGCAUUGGCAUUUAAGAUUAAACAUGCCAUUGUGUUGGAAUCAGAUUACUUUUUAGAGCAGCAAAAGAUAACAUUAGAUAUGGCAUUAGAAUCUUAUGACUUUAAGGUAAAUGAAUUUACAUUACUGUUUUGGAAAUGUAUCAACUUUGUUGCCAAGGUUGCAUACAUUGUCUACUUUUUGGUUUUAAUAAAAAGGCUACGGUUUAUUUUUGAAGACCACAAUUUGCUCGAGAACAAAACUUUGGAAACAUGUGAAACGAGCGUACUUAUUUGAGAACAACGAAUCGUUACAAACUUGGACGGACGUGAAACAGGUAAAAUACGACUUCUUCUUUUCAAUUUUGUCAUACUAAAUAUUAUUUAUAUAUAUAUAUAUGUAUUUUGUAAAUUUACAGUUUGCAGUAAUAUUACUGUAGUACCAAGAAUACUCUGACUUUUAGGAAUUUGCCCAACACUUCUACUCGAAUCCUGUUUAUUUUGGUCGUGAUGGAUUACAAUGUGGCAAAUGUCUGAACCGGUUCCUAACACAGGGUAUGUUUUGACGCGUUAUGAUAAUAAAUGACAUAACAAAUGUUCCGAGCCUACUACAUAUUACAGUUUAGAAAUGCGGUGUACCAAAAAUCAUAUUUUUGUAAACAUUGUAAUGGUAGCCUUAUGGGGAUGAAAAAGUCAUUGAAGCUUCUGUUUUUGGUCUUAUAUCAUAUAUAUAGUAACCAAAAAUACAACCAUAGAGGUUAUGUCAAAAUUUAAUGAAAUUUUCAUUUCAGGAACAGCAAUUUUGAUUGAAAUAGGGGGAAAAUUAAAGUACAAACCUCUGCCAUUACUCAUAUCAAAGUCGAACAGGCACAGUAAAGUUAUCGAAGAUAGUCACACUUCCCAACCUUAUGUCAAAGAAGAAUUUAAACCUAGUUCCAAGGAAGAACUCACUUCUUCUGAUAAACAGACUCCAGAAGAAGAGAAACCAAUACCAGAAGAAGUCGACCAAAUUUUGUCGCAAAAGGCAGAAGAAAUUUUGAUUCCAGAUAACGAUGAACUAUGCAAAUCUCCAAAAAUGUCUGUAGCAUCAAUGCCAGCCGGCUUUCACAACAACGAGUCGGAACAACUGUUGAGUAGUAGUGAGAUUGAUGAGAUCAAGAUUUGGCUUCAAGAAUCUGUAAUGGAGUUCGUGGAUUCAUUGACGGAGAUGUUGCCACAGUCUUUUGAGGAAUCUGGAAAGUUGAUGAAAAGAUGUACUGAUAUUCAUGGGCGACUCACGGUGAGUUACUGUGACUUUAUGAAGAUGAGUAUAGUAGUACAGUUUUAUUUUUAUAAUAGCAUCAGUAAAAUACAUGGAACACUACUUUUAAUACUAUCUCAAAGCUACUACAUGUAUCACCGUUUACGAUAGUAUUUUUAUUAAAGUACGGUAAUAUUAAAAUAUUUUUAAAAAAAUUGUAUUACAAAUUCAUGUGAACCGUUAUAUAUUCAAGUAUAAUAUAAACUUUAGGAGGUCCGACUAGAAGUGUUCAAAUCAGAGCACGUAACACUGAAAGCCUUCCAAGAAGAACUGGAUCGUGUAGAUGCCAAGGUACGAAGAGUAAUGGCACGACUCAAGAUGUGUACUCAAGUCCAAGACAUGUUUAUUCAGGUAGGCUUAGUCAUCGAGUUUGACAAAAUUGUUUUUUACGAUCACAAUCAGAUAUAAGAGAGAAGGUAUGAACAACAAUAUACUAAAUGAGAGUUUAGUAUAUUGUUAUUCCUCAUUCUUUCUUGAUGACUCAGUUCGUAAAGAAAGAAUGAGGGAAACGUGCUUUAUAUGACACAAUAAAAUUACAGUAAUAUUAGCAAGAAUAAAAGUAAAUUACAGUAAUAUGUUUAAGAAGAACAUAGUAAAGUACUGUUAUAUUGCCAAGAAGAACAUACUAAAUUGCUUUUAUAUUGCUCAUAUUGCCAAAAAAAAGUGAAUUAUCAUUGCCAAAUAUAAAAGAGAAUGCUUUAGUUCGACCGAGAAGCUGAGAAUUUGUUGAAGACACUAUGUACCGACCAGUUUACCAUUACGGUAGAAAGACUGAAGAAGGCCGUGGCCGAUUUGGACGAACUGGUCGGGCUAUUAGGUAAAGCAUUUUUGAAAAGUAUGCAAAUUAGUGGUUAUCUUAAAUAGAUGGUCUUAAAUUAACUAAAUACAAAUUUUAAAAGAGAAACGAACGGCAUAGGCCUGGCACGUUUCGAACCCUUACCGCGGUUCCAAAACUUGACCGUUCCUUUGUUUUAAUGAUUUCCCUGGACUUCUUUCAUAAAUAUUCCUAACGGCAACCUUUUCCUACCUAUCUCUAACGACAACUCUGUGGAGUGUAAAUAGGAUAAUGCCACAAUUUACAGAAGACAGAUUCAGAGAAGCAAAAGAACUGAGCGACGAAUUGUUGGAAGAAACUGGUACAAGCCUUGGCAGCGUGCUAAACCAACACCUUACUUCAAUGGCCGAAAGACGACAAAGGUGUAUAUCACUGAGUGAGCUCAGGAAGCUGAAAUUACACCAAAUUAUCCAAUUGGCAACUUGCGAAAGCGAUUGCACUGUCGUCUGUUUUAAUUUUUCAAAUUUAUAUUUUUCCUAUACUUGGGUACGCUACGAAUAAAAGGGGGCGGGCUCAAUUUUUCGGCUCAGUCCGACCCCUUUUAUAUAUGCUUAGGCCUGGCCCCAUCAAGGUCUGUAUAGCACGCAAAACCUUCUUACAAUAUCUACACAUUUCUAAUUCAAGUAGGAACUUUCAGGUAGCAAGUUGGCUGAAAGAGCUAGCAGCAAACCUGAGCCCUCAAGACCCUUGUACCAAAGUCAACAAGUUUGAAGAUGUAGCCAGAAAGAUGGGCGAUUACGGUAACCAGUUGUGCGAGGUUUCGUUGCUUUUACGUCGCUCGCUAAGACUCGAGAUCUCGGCCCAAACCAAACUUCAGAUGCAACUUCUGGAAGCGUUCGAAGCCUUCGAUUCGAGUGUACGAUCCGCCAAAAAACUGACAUAA